CUAGUUCUCCUUGUAAUACUAGUACUGCCUGCAAAAAUGAGUCUGUUUGGUAAGGUGGAGGCUGAUGUAGAAAUUAAAGCUUCAGCUGAAAAGUUUCAUGAGAUUCUCGGUGGCAGGCCACACCACAUUUCCAAUGUCUGCCCUGACAAAAUACAGGGCUGUGCUUUGCAUGAAGGUGACUGGGGCACUGAGGGCUCUGUCAUCUACUGGGAUUAUGUUCAUGAUGGGCAAGCCAAAGUUGCUAAGGAGAAAAUUGAAGCAAUAGAUGAAACAAACAAGUCGAUCACUUUCAAAGUGAUUGAAGGGGAUCUCCUGAAGGAGUACAAGAGCUUCAAGAUCGUUGUUCAAGCUACUCCCAAGGGUGAGGGCAGCUUGGUCCACUGGAGCAUGGAAUACGAAAAGCUCAAGGAGGAUGUUCCAGAACCAAAGACAUUGCUUCAGUUUGCAGUUGAUAUGAGCAAAGACAUUGAUGGUCACCUUACUGCAUAGACAAAAAACCUUAUUUUGCAUCUUGUGAUCGACUAUGUACUUCUACAAUAAAACAUCGGGAGUGUUAUUGAGUGUUUUAUUAGGUGAAUAUUAGUUUUAUGUGGGCUUAUUGAAGCCACUUAUUGCAGGCACCCAUAUACUCUUAUGGGUCAAAUGUAUCUUCAAUACAUUUGGGGCUUUUGUAAUAUGUGUUUUCUUAAAGUAUAAUUUAUAUAUA